GCGCAGGGAAACGGGCAGAGACAGCGCAGCAUCUCGGUGUCAGGAAGAAUGAAGAGAGAGGCGCCGCAGCAGCGAACUGUCAGCAGCCAGAAAUUCAGCCCCUACACAAGCUUUUGACAUGAAGAAAGAUUUAGAGGCACUAAUUGCAGAAGAACGGGCUGAAAUCAUUUCUAAUUAUAACAAGGGCAGACAAAAUGGAGCAUCAAUCGAUUCAGAAGAUUUCAAUAUAUAUAAAGCUGUAGACAGAUUUGGCUUUUUGCAUGAAUAUGAACUACCCACGCCAACUGCACUGGAGGAAAAGCAAAAACAUUUGGAAAUUGAGAGAAUACCCAAAUGGGUAAAAAUGAUUAAGAAGUGGGACAAGUACAGAAACAGUGACAAGAUGAUCCGUCGAGUUUACAAAGGAAUCCCACUACAGCUUCGUGGUCAGAUUUGGUCACUGCUGUUAGAUUUGGAAAAGUUAAAAUCUGAGAAUGAAGGGAAAUAUGAGAGAAUGAAAAUACAAGCACAAAAGUUUUCAUCAGAAAUUAAACAAAUAGAUCUUGAUGUAAAUCGCACUUUUAGAAACCAUAUCAUGUUUCGGGAUCGAUAUGGAGUGAAACAGCAAGCUUUAUUUCAUGUACUCACCGCCUAUUCUGUAUACAAUACGGAGGUGAGCUACUGUCAAGGAAUGAGCCAGCUUGCAGCCAUUCUACUGAUGUAUUUGAAUGAAGAAGAUGCAUUCUGGGCUCUUUCUCAACUACUGACUGAUCAGAAGCAUGCAAUGCAUGGGUUUUUCAUUCCUGGAUUUCCAAAGCUCCAAAGGUUUCAGGGACACCAUGAUCAGAUUUUAAGUAAACUUAUGCCAAAGCUCAAAAAACAUUUGGACAAAGAACAGAUGUCUACAGGAAUAUACACCACCAAAUGGUUCCUGCAGUGCUUUAUAGAAAGAACACCGUUUACACUCACACUCCGAUUAUGGGAUAUCUACAUUCUGGAGGGAGAGAAAGUUCUUGCUGCAAUGGCAUAUACUAUCAUGAAGCUGCACAAAAAGCACCUUGUGAAGAUGUCAUUAGAAGAUCUCCGAGAAUUCCUUCAGGAAAUUAUGUCCAAAAACUUUCAUUAUGAAGAUGAUGUUGUUAUUGAUCAACUGGAAAAGUCAAUAUCUGAGCUUAGAAAACUGAAGCUUGAACUUCCUCCACCUGCAAAACCUGAUGAGUUUCCCAGCAAACCAUUAGGACAAGAAAUUUCUGUCACUUUAGCACCGGAGAAGACUAACAUCAUGGCCAAUGGCAAGAAUGAAAAUGUUAACGCUCCACCAAAUGUCUUUGAACAUGAUGAUGAGGUAAACAGAAAAUCACCAGAUGAAAAUUACCUGCAGCCUUCUCUCCCUGAACCUCAGGUUCCUUCUCCAGAAAAAUAUCAGACUGCUGUGGAGGAAAAUCUUGCUCAUUUGGAAAUAAGUGAAUCUCAAGCUCCAGGUCAUGACAGCUCCAAAUCUCCCUCAGAGGACCAAACUCAACUACCAAAAGAAGGUGAAACACAGCUUUCAGAAACGAGUCAAUCACCCAGCCUAGAAAAAGUUACAGAACAGUCUCCAAAGAAGGAAAACAUCUUACCUGCUGAAAGUAGUGAGACUUGUACUGCAGUAAAUAGUGCAAACCCAGGUUUAGAAGUUAACUUUAUAGUUCCAGAAAAAGAAACCACCAACUCGCCAGAAGAAACAGCGAUAAAUUGUCGAGACAUGACCAAAGCAGAAUAUAUGGGAACUAAUGAAAUAGCUGUAACCCAACUUUUGCAAGAACAAUCUGCAUGCUCUUCAGAACUCAAAAACAUGGAUACAGAGUCCCCACAAAGAUUGGAGGCAUUUGUUUCAGAGUCAGUGAAUGAGCAGUCACCAGAGAAAGAAUAUAGCAGUAUUGAGGCCUCGCCACAGAUAAAUAAUGAACUUAAGGAAAUGGAAAACAGUGAGAACCUUCCAUUACUUUUAGCAGAGCCUCCACCAGCAGAGUUGUUCUCUGGAGAAAAGCAUUUGUUGAUUCCAUAUCCACAACAAACUCAUUCUGGUCUGAUUGUCCCUCAUCAAUUGGAAGCACACAACCUUACUGAUAAACCACAAUCUUUAUUGGCAAUGAAACUUUCAUCUCCAGAAGAAGAGGAGUUAAUCUUUACUGAUUUAACACAUGAAACUUCAGUUGAUUUGAACAGCACAAAAAUAAAAGAUAUGGGUGAGGUCCAAAGUGGAAGAAGGGUUUCAGAUGUUUCUAUGUACGACAAUGCAAGUGUUUCUCGGUGUGAAUAUCAGUCUGAUCAGAUUAUUUCAGAACCAAUUAUUCAUUAUGAUGAAGUAUGUGCACUUACUCAGAAGGAACUAUUCGGACUGGAAUCAGUGGACAUGACUGUCAGAGCAGCUAAUUCAUCAUUGGCAUUAGAUUUGAUAGAUAAAUCACAACCUGUCAAACAAGCCUCAACAUUUUGUCAACAGUCUUGGGACACUUAUGGGCCUGAAAACUGUGCCACGUCUUCUGCUCACCAGAGUCCUUCCAAAUAUUCACCAACGGUGCACAAACAGGACCCUAUAAGAAAUCCAAAUGUACAGAGUCCUGAGCACCUGACAGCUAUCACACAGACCUCACCAAUCAGGCAGUGUUUAAAUAGCUCUUGUAAAGUAGUAAGGUCAACGACUUCGGUUCAUGUGGCACAUGCAGCUGAGCAAAACCUUCUAAACUUCAGGCACAUGGCAUUGCCUCCACAGGAUGACUUGCAGUUGGUUGCAACACGUGAUGAAAAAGGGACCUGCACAGUAAAAGAGAUUGACUUCCCUGAAGUCAUUAUUCCAGUUAGCAACAUAACUGUAAGUCUGUUAAAAGUACCAGCUUAUCCUUCCCCUACUGAUGCAGAUAUACAGCAAGAACAUGCCACAGCUGAAACCUCAAAUUUAGGCUCAGAGAAGUGUUUGGCAGUAUCUCCAGAAUACCAAGAUUAUGAAUCUGUUACAUUAUGACAGCCACCAUUCCAACCACUUUUCCAUUAUGCACUUCACAUUGAUCAAAUGUUUAAUGUACUGCAAGCAUUUUAUAUGACAAAAGUAACCAUACAUUUUCCACUCAUUUAAGUAAUUGUUUAAAUAUGCUUUAUGAAGACCUGUAUGGCUAUUGAGUUGAUGCAAAAAAAAUCUAUGCAAAUUGUCUCAUUUCAUAAAUUUACAUAUCUAACAAUGAUAUCUUAAGGUUCUUCAUUCUGCAACUCACACAGAAAAGGUGGAUGCAGACAAAUACACUUAAACAUUUCAUUGAAUGUUUAUUAUUUUUUCAGCCCAUAUAACUGUAAGUCACACCAUGUUUUGUUUAACCCAGUGCAUAAUUACCAUCAAAUACAAUGCAAAUCAUAAAGGGAGUGAGCAGGCUCACAAAAUGGCAAAUACUGUAGCACACUUUUACACAAGUAACUUUGACAUUGUUUUCCCAGGUGGACUGAUAUUUUACCAUAAGAUUAGUGGCAGCCAAUGCUAAUUGGAUUUUCAUGCAAUUUUUCAGCCCUGUUUGAUUUUGAUAUGUGUAAUAUAGGAAUUGCAAUGAAACAAUAAUUCUUCAGUUAGAAAUGAUAACAUUGCACACAGUUGAAUUUUUUUAGUCUUUGGAAUAUUCCUUGUACAAAAUGUACUUAAAAGAGAAAGAGUAACAUAAUUUGCAUAUGUUACAACAAUGUUUGUGUAAAUAAGUGCUGGGAAUUUCAGAUAUGAUUUUUAGCCUCUUGUAACUACAGUUUUUAAGGAUGUGAAAAAAGACAAUAUAUAUCUGUGUUGUGAUGUUCAAGGGCCAGAGAAGUAGUUGUUGAUGUUUACUAUAAAUUUUAGAAAGGAGCUUUGGCAAAAUAGUGCUGAAACUAAACCUGUAAUCACUUUUUUUUUGUGAGGGGGAAAAUAUUUGAAGCCAUUCCCUGCACUUGGCCUUGCCUGUAACAAUGAUCAAUAUAACUUUUUGGUCAGAAUUGAGAAGCUAUUAUUUUAUGACAUCAACUCAGGAAUAUAGUAUUCUUGCUUGGUGACCACCUGCAGGUAGUAAAUAUUUGCAGCAAGCGAAAGGGAACAAGUAAUGGUGCUCAGCACAUAAAAUGUUAGUUGUGUAAUAUGUGUUCUAGUGGAAGAAAUAAUAACCCUGAGAACUGAAUGGAAAUAUUUAACUGAUGUGUGAUGUACAUAGUAUUUUUUGUAAAGUCUGUUCUUAAUUUUGCACUUUCUGUAACUGUUAUGGUACAGGCAAGCCACCUUUUCUUCAAAAAGGUUAUACAGUUUCAAUGAUGGAUUGUUAACAUGAAAAUAAUAUUGUUCUACUUGUUAAAAUAUUGUAAAUUUACUUUUGCAGGGCUUUUACAUUGGCCAUGUUUCUGUUCUUUCAUUAGAAAACAGGUGAAUUACUUGGAAUAGCGUGGAAACAUUACUUUGUGUCAUGCUUUACAUUGUUUCUAAGUACCAAACAAUACUGUAAACAGAGCUUUAUGAACAUUUUGAUGUGUUGCAUUGUAAUUUGUAGCCUAAA